AUGUGUUACUAUGGCAGGUAUUAUGGAGGCCUGGGCUAUGGUUAUGGUGGCCUAGGCUAUGGCUAUGGCUAUGGUGGCUAUGGGUGUGGCUAUGACUAUGGUUUCUGCCGCCCACUGUUCUGUAGAAGGUAUUGGUCUUAUGGCUUCUACUGA